AUGGUCAAGCGGGACGAGCGGACGAUCCUGACGGCGUGCAUUAGCCCCAUCAGCGUCAAGCACACGUCCAUCUUUGACGAAAAGAAAGCGCCCGACUCGCUAGCGUUCCACCGCAAGGUCGCGCCGCCCGACUCGAUCGCGGUGCACCGCAAGCACCAAGCACCGCCACCCGACUCGAUGGCCAAGUACCGGUACACGCCGCCGUCUGAGACGCACCGUCCGCCCGACUCGCUCGCGGGACACCGACAAGCGGCUACGAUCGCCAACUACGCCUCGUCCCGGCGGAAUUGGCUCUGUGGCAACCAAACGACGACUUCGUCGCAGGCGUGGAUGAGCGGCAACGCCCACAGCUUUACACCGAUGAGCGUCUACGUCGACGACGACGACCAGCGCGUGCCAAAAGCAUAUCCUAUGUACAUGGCACCCAACUCGACCGACGACAUUCGUCUGCACCAGUACCGGUCCAAGCACGUGCGCCUCGACCAGACGCACUCGGCUUCCGACAUCCAGCAACGCUAUGCGCUGCUUCGCCGCACGGCCACGUUGGAAGAGAAGCUCUCGACGGCCAUGAGCCGCAUUCCGCGCGACCUCCGUGGCGCGCCCAAGAAGGCCCACCCGACGUCGACAAAGCGCGUCCAGUUCCUCGACGAGUACGUCGAUGCGCCGCCGACGCGAGGGCGUGUGCGCCGGAGCAGCUGCUAA